AUGUUUCUCACUCUUCUAGCGGCCUUGUUCGUCGCUGCAGUCGGCGGCGCUCUUCUGGUCUGUCUGGCACUGGGGCUGCUGUCGCUCUCGCAGUACAUCGAAUCUCAUGCCUCUCGAGCUCGGCGGAUCGGCCUUCGCGCGCUCUACGCCAUCAUUAUAAUGCAGAUGCUCAUCGUUCUGACCGACGACGUGCCUCUGCUUCCACUUCUUCCGAGUCUCUCUACUGCACCUCUGCACUACUCGGCCCUCCGUGACCCCACCUGGCCCUACUCUGCCUCCUCCUCUUCGGCCAACCCCUGGACAGCGCUAGCAUCGCUGCUCCUACUACCCCUGGCCUCGCAUAUCUGGCUAGUCCGACAUCAUGCGCUCGCAUCUCACUCAUGGCAUCAACAUCGCUACGACACGAUACACCGACCCAAGCUGCCUGGUGCAAGGCUGGACUGGGACGUGGCAAGCCUGGAACCGCCGGCGACACGCGAGAUGUCCAACCUGCAGGUGUGUGCGGUGCUGGCGGUGUGUGUAUGGUCGGUGCCUGUGUAUAGGUUGAUAGGCAGAAUCGCGGCUGCUGAGUGGGACGGUGCUGGUGUAGUUGGAGCGGGAGGGCUGUCCGAGACGUCAAGGAGGAGCAGAUGA